AUGAGCUCUCCUUUUGACCCGUACGAUGUCGAUUAUGCAGACCUCGAGGAUACCGCCUUGAUGCAUUCGCGAUCAGCCUACCGACGACCACGCAUCCGAAAGUCACGCGGUCGCGGCCUACGGACAAGGAACGGGUGUGUACAGUGCAGAAAGCGACACCUGAAAUGUGAUGAAGUUAAGCCCAUAUGCGGGGCUUGUUCCAGAAAGGACAAUGCCUGCGAGUUCGUUAGCUCGGGCCGCCCCAGCACCAGCUUUUCGGUCUCCGAUAGGGACUUCACAAAGACUGGUCCCGACUUAUGCGCGGAGCAGAUACCAUCACCUGUGGAAAACACCGAGCAUCCGGGUCUGGCUCGGCACUCGAUACCAACCCCUCCCCCCACCCUUGAGUUUGAUCAAUCGACGACAAACCAACUCAAUUCAGACGAAAGCCCAUUCGCUAUUCCAGAAAAUUAUCUGUCCCCGUCAAACGCAUCGUUUGCGGCUGUACGAUGGUUCGGGUUACUUGCAAAUGAUGCGGCUCGGGAUAGUUCAACAGUGUGGUCCAUCCAGAAUUCCUGGGCGAAUCAAAGUCUCUCGCUGGACAAUACCAGCUCUGACGAUCAAACUCAACUAACCUCGCUCCAACAUGCAACCCAAGUGCUCGACGCCCCUGCUGCCAUAUACAGGAGUCAUGACCUGACACAUGUCGGGGCACCGGGGGAGAAUGCGCUCGAAGAAGCGCAUAUCUGGCAGUCGCGGGAGCCAAUAGAGCUUUUAUCAGCUGAGCAGACCUUGUUUGGACAUUUUGUAGAUCGAGUGAGCCCCUGGAUAGAUCUUUUCGACCCUAUGGCCCGAUUUUCCACGACCGUUGCGCAUCUAGCUAUACACAAUGCUGGCCUGAUGAACGCUAUACUCGCUCUUGCGUAUCGGCAUUUAGCUUUGAACCCACACCUUGAUGAUCAUAACGCCCCAAAUAAAGAGGACUCGGCUCUUCAGUAUUAUUAUCAGACUCUCCACUAUGUCCAAAAGGCCAUGCAAUACUCCGCUUACAAAAGAAGUCUGGAGCUACUCGCAACAACAUUGAUAAUAUCCGCUUACGAAAUGCUUGACAACUCCACGAAAGAUUGGGAGAGACAUCUCGAGGGAGUCUUCCUUAUACAAAGAUCACAGACCAUCCAUGGGGAAUCUGGGGGGCUGCAUUCGGCUGUUUGGUGGGCGUGGCUUUGUCAAGACAUCUGGGCGGCUUUCCGCGAGAAACGCAAGACCCUUACAUUUUGGGUCCCACAGAAACCACUGGCUGUCUUGUCGCCAUAUGAGCUCGCCGCACGCUCAAUAUACAAUACUGCCAAGGUUAUCAGCUACUCCUCGGAGACCGCGACUGAGGCAGAUAUUGGACCCAGAGCGGAAGAGGCAACCCGCCUCCGCAAAAUGCUAGGUGAAUGGAAACAGCAUUUGACCAUCGAGUUUAAUCCACUGCCACUCGGCUCACGACAGCAUUCGUCGCACUUUCAGCCAAUCUGGAUUCAUCCGCCUAUAUUUGCCGUGGCGCUUCAAUUCUUCAGUAUAUCAAAUAUUCUAUUGCUUGCUCAUGAGCCUAGCUUAGGAGGUAUGGAGCAGUAUCUCGAGCGACAAAGUGUGAUCAAGCGCUGCGUAGAGAAUGUGUGUGGCAUUGCCGCUGCGCUCAAAGAUGCCCCGUCUAGUCUGAUGUCAUCCCAAGCCGUGUAUAUCGCGGGGAAAUUUACCCAAGACCGCCAUGCCCGGCAAGCUAUCCUCGAGCUCCUCGAAUCCAGUCGUGGGCGGAGCGGUUGGCCGAGUCGACCUCUGGGCGAGGAGCUGCAGAGCUUCUGGGAAGAUCAUGAUCGCACAAAAACCGCAAAUUCCGCCAUGUUGGACAUGAGCUUGAUUUUUUAA